AUGGAAGGAAGCUCAAGUCAGAGUGGAAAUUCUUCUACCAAUACUGUUCCUGGUAACUUAGAACAUAAUGACUUUGCUUUAUAUAAAACGAUUUUGCAUGAAAAUCUGUUCAAUAAUCGUAUCCUUCUCAAAUUAGAAGAGGAUGGAUUCACUACACCAGAUGAUAAAGUAGAAGAACUUUUAAAGCAUCUGACUAAAUCAAGUUAUUUGUACACAAUUAAAUUACUUUUUGAAAAUUUACAAUAUGAGUUUUCGUCUCAAGUUUUAGAAAAUUCAUUAGAAGCUUUAGUUGAUACUUCUUUUAAACAUUAUUCAAAAGAAAGUGUGGCUAGAUUAGAAUUACAUUUAAGAAUUUUGGUUAUUGUUUUAGAACGGAUAUGUUUUUCACCAAUAGUACUUAGUAAAGAACUUCGAGAUAAAAUUUAUAAUUCUUUGGCAAAAUUUGCAGAAAUUCAUCGUAAAACAACUCAAGUUAUCGAAAUAGGACUUGAUAAUAAUUUUAGAUCAAAUUAUAAUCAAUUCAAUCAACAAAAUAAUGAUCAGGUUGAAAUUAAAAAGCGUAAUUAUAAUAUUGAUUUUUUAUUAAUCCAUUUGCGAGAUACUCUUCAUAGUUUACGUGAUGAUGAAACUUGGUUUCAAGAAAUUAUACGAAGAACUAAAGAUUUUCUUAAAGCUGCAUUAAAUAUUACACCAGGAAUUUUAUCAAUAGCAGGAGUUCCUCUUCCAAAUGAUAAUUGUUCAAUCUUAUCACUACUUACUCAAAUACGUCAGAGUUUAAGUUUUAAAUAUCCGGUAGCAUCUUAUUAUGUAGAUUGGAGAAUUAUGUUAAUAAUUCAACAUAAUCUUUUCAUUUGGUCUGAAAGUUCUGAAAAGAUUAUAAGUAAAAAAUUUGGUGAAUUGGUAUUAAUGGAAUAUAUCUGGAGUUUUUUGGGAAGAGAAUGGAUUAAUACUGCGAACAAAUCUAUUUUAGAUUCUCAAACAAAAUUUGAUGAAGUAUCAAAUAAAGUUGCUAAAACUUUGAAAAAUGCUGGAGGUUUAUUAAAUGAAAUUGCUGGAAAUGAACCUAUUGCAUUACCACAUACUUUGUGGUUUGGAAUAUUAGAUCUUGCACAAAAUCUUAUCCAAAGAUCAUCUCGAAUAACAACAUAUGGUCUUUGUUAUUAUUUGGCAAUUGAAUCACUUAAUAAAGCACCAAGUAGUUUUAUUCAGUUUAAAUCAAUUGAAUUAUUAUUAUAUUUAUAUAAUAUUGAUAAUAAAAUGUUUUCAAUGAUUGAAAUUGAUUUUGAUCAAUAUAUACAAAAAUUAAGUGAUAAUAAUUUGGAAGAUUCUUUAGAAAAAUUUCGAAAUUUAUUAACUUUCGUUAAAGAGAAAUACUCUGAAGAUUUAAAAAUUCUAAGUAAUAAUAUUGGAAAGGGAAAAGAGGGAAAAGGAAAAAGCUUAAAUCAAAAUUUAUAUUUAAAAAAAGAGCAAAUAUCAAAUUCUAAUAUUUUAGAUGUUAUAGCAGAUGAAAUUACUUGUCCAAUUAGUAGUGAACCAACAGAUCAAUUAUGUAUUUUAAAAUGUCAACACAUAUUAUCAUUAGAUAACCUAAAAAAGUUAAAACAAAAGAUAUGUCCUAAUUGUCGUGAAAAAAUUGAAGAUAGCGAUAUUAGAUAUUUAUCACAAAAUUCAAUUUACAAAAAUUUGUAUACAAAAUUUUUUGAAUCUGGACAUAUUUUACCUUCAAUUGAAUUAGUAAAUUCUGAUCAACUUUAUGACAGUGAUGAUUCGGAUAAUUCAGAAGUUGAUCUUAUAUUGACUAAAAAAAAGAAUUUUAUGAAUUCAAUUAAUAAAUUAAAUUCAAAAAUAUCAUCAUCAAUAUUCUCAAGAAUUACAAAAAAACAACAUCCAACAUAUCAAAAUAUUAUAAAAGAACUAAAUGAAAAACAUUAUGAAAAAGCUGAAACUUUAUGUAAAGAAUUUUUAAAUUUAUUUUCUAAAAGUUAUUCUUUAAAAUGCAUUUUAGCUUAUAUUUGUAGAUAUCUUAACAAUUAUAAACAAGCACACUUCUAUUUAGAAGAAGCUAUUCUUUUAAAUCCCAAAAGACCAGUUGCUUAUUUUAUUCGCGGUGAAAUAUAUUUUAGUCAAAGUAAUUAUUCUGAAGCAAUAUAUAAUUUAAAAAAAUCAUUAGAUUGCAAAGCAAAAGUAAAUAACUUAUACAUAAUACUUGGAAAUAGUUAUUUACAUUACUCAUGUGUUAAUCAUUAUGAUAUGGCCAUGGAAUAUUAUGAUAUUGCAUUAAAAAAUGAUCCAAAUAAUUAUUUAUGCCUUAAAAAUUGUGCAUAUAUUUAUGAAAAUCAAGGAGAUUAUUUAAAUGCUUUAAUGAUAUUAGAUAGAUUGUUAAAUAUUAAUGAGAAGGAUUCUUUGGUUUUAUGUUACUAUGGAGAAAUUUUAUGUAAUAUGACACACUAUAGUAAAGCUAUAUUAUAUUUUACAAAAGCAAAUAUCAUAGACCCAGAAAAUAUUCAUAAUUUGAAUAGGAGAGCUAUUGCAUACUAUACUAUUCAGGAAUAUGAUAAUGUAUUAUCAGAUCUUGAUAAAAUUAUACAAUCAGAUCCAUUAAAUAGUUCAGCAUAUUAUCUUAAAAGUUUAACGUAUUAUACAAAAAAUGAUAUUAAUAAUGCUGAAAUAUCAUUUAAAAAGCUUGCAGCAUUAUUAAAUUCUAAUAAUAGUUUGACAAAGUUUCAGUUAUUUCAUCUAGAGUACUUACUAAAUAAUAAUAGUUCUAAAGAAUUAUACAAUAUAUUAACAAAAAAUGAUCGAAUUCCUAUGAUGAGUGAUUUACUAUCAUGUUUUAUUAGAUGUAAAAUAUAUAUUGAAUUAAAAGAUUAUAGCAUGGCAAAAAUGUAUUUUGAUACGUUAUUUGAAUAUAAUGUUUCCAAGAAUUGUUUGUCAUAUAUUCAUUUAUUACGAAAGCAUUCAGUUUUUUGGUUUUAUUUAUAUAAAUCUUGUAGAAUUAUUGGAUAUUAUUUUACUGAUGGAAUUGUUGAUAAAUUUAGUGAAUACAUGUAUAGAGAAAAAGAAGUAUAUUUUAUUUCAAACCUUACAAAUUUAAAUAGUGAACUUUGUCAAUUUCAAGAAAGUGAUACAAGCAGUUUAUUGGGGCGGAUAUUGCGUUCUAAAAAUGAAAAACUUCGUUUGGAUUUGCCAUUCUAUUUUAAGUAUCCUAUUUGUAAAAUAAAUAUUAAAAAAAUAUUAUCUAAAGACUGCUUUAUAAAAUUAUAUAGUGAUGAUCACCAAGAAGAUCAUACACUAAAACAUGAAGUUGUGUCAAAACUCGAGGGAUUAGGUUGGAUUGAAUACGCGCUUCCAAUAUAUAGUUUAAAUAAGCUUCAACUUUCAAUUGAAAUAAAUUCUAUUGAAAUGGUGAAUUAUCCUAACCAUUUAUCAUUAAAAUCUAAAUACGAUUUUGGAGUUCCUUUAAUAAUUUCAGGACAUAAAUCAUUAAGGAGAGUGUAA